GGAUGUAAGGGACGCAGGGAUGUAGGGGAUGCAGGCAUACAAGGAUUGCAGGAAUGUAAGGGAUGAAGAGAUAUAAAUGAUACAGGAAUAUAAGAGAUACGGAGAUAGUGAUUUAGGGGUAGUUCCUGCGAGGCCCAUGAAAAGAAUGUAAAAAUAAAUAACUGCGAAGGGCGGUCUUGGUCUAUAAAGAGAGAUAGGAUAAUAAAAAACUGGGAAUAAAAUAAUAAACAAUUAGGAAACGUGGGUAUUGACCUAUACAGAAAUAUAAAAUAAUUAAUGAGUAAAAAGGGUGGGGUUUGGCCCAUACAGAAGGAUAAAAUAAUAAAUAACUGGAAAAAAUGAGCCGGAGCCCACACGGAAGGAUAAAGUAAUAAAUACAAGGGAUGGUCGGCCAAAGCCCACAAGGAUAAAAUCAUAGAUUUCAUUCCCCUUUGAUGUGCUUACUUAAUAAGCGAAAAAAAUAAAUAAACUAAAUUAAAUGGACUCUGAAAGGAAAUUAGAGGUAUAUGUAUCUUUGAUAGGUUGAUCCGCAACCCUCGACGGUCGCUAUAAGACUGAGGAGGUCGCACCUCCUGUCUAUGUGAGAUGCGGUAAAAGCAGAAGUGGUAAAAUAGGCACGUUUGUCGUACCGAAUGUGUUCUGUUUAUGAAGAUCUAACGGUGCAUGGGGGUGUCUGAGACCCCAGAAAUUCUAACCCCUCGAGAACAAAGGCAUGUCCAUCCUUUUUGUAUCUGUAGUCACUGCAUAAUGUAAGAAUUUUACUGUGGUGCUAUCAUACGGUUAAACAAGAAAUUUAAAAUCAAAAAUAACAAAUCAAUACACGUCAUGUAUUUCUGUUCCUCUUUGCAAUUUGUAUAAAUGUUUACAUUGUAUAUUCUAUUAUAAAGGAUUAUAUAGUAUACAAAUAUUCAUAAACUAAAUCAGUUUUCUUUAUGUAAUAUUUCAGUUGAUCUUUAAGUGGGGUAUGUAACAAUGACGAAAUUAAUGGAAUGGCUUUCAUUUGCAACUUUAUUUUUUGGUAUUUGGAUUGCUAUAAUUACAGGAAAUAUUGAUUCAUUUUUUAUUACAGAAUGGCAACAAGUUAUUUUGUUCUUUCCACUCAUUGUAUUGUUUUUGUGUGGUCUUUAUGCAGCUGUUAUUAUUCUGUACAGAGUGUUUACAUUUAAUAAUUGUGAAGACGCAGCUUUUGAAUUGCAGGAGCAAAUAGAAGAAGCUAAAAAAGAUCUUCAAAGCAGAGGUGUAAUUUUAAAGAACAAAUAGAUAGAAAUGUUUUUGUAUUAUUUAAGACAAACAAUGUAAUGAUGUAUAUGACCAUUCCUAUCUAUAUAGGUUAUAUUUAUACAUGUUUUGAAAAAUAUUGUAUAAUAAUAAAAAA